UCAAAAUUAGUACUAUUCCAGUGCCAGAUUAUUCCUCUCGUAAUCCGCCUUCACCCUCGGCUGCUAGGGAAGUAGGUACUCGAGAACAACCCCUUUUCAAUCAAGAGACUUUGGAUAAUUCAGCUCGAAAUCCGAUCACUUUGGACUUGAACGGAGACAUAAAAAUGGAUGAUCUUACAAGUGGCUCUGAUAGUGAUUACAAUAAAUACUGGAUUGAUUGGUUUUUGUCUACUAAAGGAAACGAAUAUUUUUGUGAAGUUGAUGAAGAAUACAUACUUGACCGAUUUAACCUGACUGGAUUGAAUUCAGAAGUUCAACAUUAUACUCAGGCUCUUGAUUUAAUAACGGAUUCUUUGGGCAAGUUUUGUUUCUCGAAAGAAGAACUUGAUGAUGAGAUGCGUGAAGCUGUUGAGAAAUCCGCUCGUCAUCUGUACGGAUUAAUUCACGCGAGGUUUAUUAUCACAAGUCGAGGAUUAGCGAAAAUGCUUGAGAAAUACAAAAAAGCCGAGUUUGGUCGUUGUCCGCGCGUUUUAUGUCACAACCAACCACUUUUACCUGUCGGUCUUUCUGAUCAGCCUUACACUAAGUCCGUGAAAUUGUAUUGCCCCCGUUGUGAAGAUAUUUACAAUCCUAAAUCUACACGACAUUCCAGCAUUGAUGGUGCAUAUUAUGGCUCCACAUUUCCUCAUAUGCUCUUUCAAGUUUAUCCACAUUUGCUUCCACCCAAAAGUAACGAGCGAUAUGUGCCAAGAAUUUUUGGGUUCAAGAUUCAUGAUAUUGCCAAACAACAUCAUGCUGGUGAAAUAAAAUUAGA